UCCGGCCCGAGGACACGCCCCCGGCGGCGGCGCGCGGUGGGACGGCGAGCCCCGCGGCCGCGCUGCCAGGUGAGCCAGGGACUCCGAGGAGCCGGGCCCAGGAGAGCGAGGCACCAGGGGCCCCCAGGGACCAUGGGCACCUCCAAGCUCUACACCCUGGUGCUGGUCCUUCAGCCUCAGCGAGUGCUCCUCGGCAUGAAGAAACGAGGCUUCGGGGCUGGCCGGUGGAAUGGCUUCGGGGGCAAAGUUGAGGACGGAGAGACCAUCGAGGAGGGGGCCAAGAGGGAGCUGCAGGAGGAGAGUGGUCUGACGGUGGACACGCUGCAGAAGGUGGGCCAGAUCAUGUUCGAGUUUGUGGGUGAGCCUGAGCUCAUGGAAGUGCACAUCUUCUGCACAGACAGUGUCCAGGGGACACCCACGGAGAGUGAUGAAAUGCGCCCUCAGUGGUUCCAGCUGGACCAAAUCCCCUUCAGCAACAUGUGGCCAGAUGACAGCUACUGGUUUCCCCUUCUGCUUCAGGGGAAGAAAUUCCUUGGGUACUUCAAGUUCCGUGGUCCAGACGCCAUCCUGGACUACACACUACGUGAGGUGGACAAAGUCUAGGAACCUGCUUGCUCUCCAGCCACAGGAAUCGCUGCCCCGCAGCGAUGACUGGCCCUCUGGGCUGUGGGUAGUCAGUGCUUAGGGUUUCUGUUUGCAGAGUGAUUGGAUGGGAAGGUAUAAAAUAAAUGUCUUUUAUGUUUUCA